AGCCCAUAAGCUGGGCAUGUAGUACGCAGCCCUCCUCCAGCAACUGGUUCCUGAUGUACAGUAGUGGCAACAGAACAUAGUGGUUAUAUUUCACUGGGAUGGGAAACAAGCCUUGACAGGUCUUAGUGGUCCCUCCUGGGACUGAUAGGUUGGGAAGCAGGAAGACCAAUGGCAGGUAAAGGCAGAGCCAACUCAUAGUUUUGUCUCCCAUCCUCCUCCCUGCCAGCUUAGAAAUACCAUUUCAGAGCUUUUGGGGUUUGUAGAAUCCUUAAUAAUGUGUCCUGCUGCUGCUGAAACCAGCUGGGUUCACUGACAGGGUUCCAAGCCUUCAAAGGACCACUGAAGAUGGUCAGAUGAGAAGAGAGUUAGCUUUACUCCUACAACAGGAGGGAAAGGUCUGAUGGCAGAAAUGCCCAUGUGGUAAGAAUGCGUGUCAGCUGGGGAGACUCAGGUCACAUCCGCACCUUAGAGUACAGCUAAACCACCCAAUAGUCUUGUUUCUUCCCCCUCCCCACAAAGAAUCUUGGGAACUAGUUUGUUACGAAGAGUCGGACACGACUAAACAACAGUUUGUUAAAGGUGCUGAGAGAGUUGUGACAAGGCUUCUAUGCCCCUCACAGGGCUACAAUUUUCAGAGUUCUGAACAUCCCUAACCAACUGCAGUUCUCAUGAGUCCUGGGGGAAGCCAUGAUGGUUAAAGCAGUGUCAUGGUGUUUUAAACGUGUGGUUGGUUCGAAUCCACUCAGCUACAAGGCUCAUUGACUGAUUUGGGACCAGCCACUCAUCUUAAGGCAACCUCACAAGGUUCUAUGGAUAAAAUGGAGAGCAGGGGGAGAAUACACACACACACCAUCAAAGUUACCAAAGGAAAUACUAUAAUAUAUAAGAAAGGGAAACAAAACAGGUGAAAGUUAAGUCUUCCCUGACACUGGCAGUCUAUCCUCAUAUCUCCUUCAUAUAUGGCAAAUCCCUACCCGUGUUUCCUUAUGGCGAUCUAGAUGGUGCGGUGGUGAUUAUAAAAGAGGCUGGUUCUUUCACCGCAAAGUGAAGUGAUUUUGACAACUUUCUAUGCAAGGGCAACCUGGGCCUCCCGCAAGAGGAACUUUUGGAGGUCAUUACCAAAUUAAUUGGGAGGUCUCUGCCAAAGCAUCCUUUAGUAAGAGCUCUACACACCAGGUGAGUGGGCACACCACCAAAGGCUUCUAGGGCAAGCCUUCCCUUUCAACCUCAAAAUAACUACUUUUGUUUUGUUUUGCACUGCUCCCUAUCUCAGUGCAGUUGCACUACUGGCCUCGGGGCCCCACCUGCUGGUGUUCAGAGACACCGCAGAGGAAAACUACGGCAAGCUUUUGCAAAUUUCAAUAUGGCCCCUGAUAGGUGGCAAGGGGGCUUCCAGAAGCAAGCCCUCUGGUGCAAACGCUGGCAAAACUGCAAGAAAACUUUCACACCAGUGUGCUCCCAUUUCUUUAUUUGGUUUAAUUCUGUCAUUUACCAUCCACAGGGGCAAUGGGAGCCAUAGUUCAGCAACAUCCAGAUUGGACACAGGUUCCUCAGCCGUCUGCAUUCAGUGGUAGAGCACCUGCCUUAAUAAUAAUGAUAUUAAUAGUGAUUAUGAUGAUAGUUUUAUUAUUUAUCUCCCACCCAUCUUGCUGGGUUGCCCCAGCCACUCUGGGCAGCUUCCAACACAUAUAAUAAAACAUCAAAAAUAAAAAACCUCCCGAUACAGGCCUGCCUUCAGGUGUCUUCUAAAAGUUGUAUUGUUGCAUGCAGAAGAUCACUGAUUCAAUCCCAAGUGGUGAUAGGUGCUGUUUGAGUGAGGCAGGGUACGGCUUAUGGCGGGGGGGGGGAGGAAAAGUGCCCCCAGGAUCACACAUUCUCAUUGCAUGACAGUAAUGUGAAGACCCUCCAGAAGUGGAUGAGGAUCAUGGGGGAGAGAUUGCUAGGGUGGAUGAGGCAAAUUGCUCUUCGCAGGAGCAGGGGUCCGCCUCAGAAAAAGAGGAAGGAAGGGGGAGGGAGACGAAGGAGGGAAGGAAGAAGACGGAGAGAAAGAGGGAAGAAGCUGCAGACCUGCAGAAAGAGGGAACGGUGCACAGAGGGGAGAUGAGAAGAGGAAUGUGACAGUGACAGAAAGAAAAGGUAGAGGGGGAACCAAGAAGGAAGAAAAUUGGACAUUCCGAGAAAAGGAGGUAUGAAAGAGCAAACAAGAUUUUAAAAGUCAAGGAGGGCAAAUUGGUGUCAAAGAAGGAAACCAAAGAAUCAGCUGGAGAGGAAGGGACCCUCGCAUAAGCUGAAGCAACAAGCAACAUAAAGAACAACAAGUAAUAAUAAUAAUAAUAAUAAUAAUAAUAAUAAUAAUUCUGGAGAAACUCGGAGAGGAGCCAUUGAAAUAUAGGAAGGCAAGGAACGAGUGCAUUGGGGCCGCUAGCAGACCCGGACAACACAGAGGAGAGAAGUCACGGAAUUUGAGACUUCAACUUGGCACCAUGUCCCAAGGAGGGUAUUUUGAGGGCAGUGAGCAGCGGCAAUACCAGGCCCUGGAGAUGCCCCCUGCCAGGCCCAGCGGCACAGACCUGGGGCCCCUCUGUGAGUCGGAGCUGGCCUCCUACAUUGGAGACGAGCAGCUGCUCUCGGAGCUGCUGCAAGGGGCUGGGCAGAGGGGGCCCAAGCCAAGCACCCCCUUCUCCAAUUUCUUCCCUGGGGAGCCCUACCCCUACUUGUCUUAUGGAGGGGAGCGCAAGGUCCUCGGUCCCUUCGACCCACGGCCGGUCGCUGUCAAGGAGGAGCCACGAGGAGGCGAAGCCGGUCGCGCAGGUGGCCGCCAUCCCUACAGCCCCAUGCACUUCUCGCCAGCCCACUGCGCCCAGGUGGCCCUCGCUCAGCCUGGCAUGCGGGCCGGACAAGCCCUGAGAGUCCUCAAGGGCCCCCCUUGCAGCCCGUCCCCGCCCUGCACCCCCAAGGGGAAGAAAUCGGUCAACAAAGACAGCCUGGAGUACCGGCUACGCCGCGAGCGCAACAACAUCGCCGUGCGCAAGAGCCGCGACAAGGCCAAGCGCCGGGUGCUGGAGACCCAGCAGCGGAUGGUGGAGCUCCUGGGCGAGAACGAGAGGCUGCGCAGCCGGGUGGAGCAGCUGGUACAGGAGACAGAGACCCUCCGUGACAUUUUCCGCCAGAUGCCUGAGGCUGCCGGGCUUAUCAAAGGGCUUGGGGGCUGCAGCUGA